AUGAUAAAUAAAAUUUCUCGUUUUAAAAUAUUAUUAUUGUUUAUUUUUAUUAUUUCAUUGACAUGUGCUCAAGAUGAGGAAUUAAUAUCAACACCUGAAGGGUAUUACGAUUUAAAACGGUUUAAAAGAUUUCAACACUAUAAAAAUAUCCAACCCAAUGAAGAAGCAGGAUAUACAGAUUUAUAUUAUCCAGAUGUUUGUAAAAAUGCUAUAAGGAAUAGAGAUGGAGCUCCAACAUUUAAUCAGAGAAGCUUUCCAGGUUAUACAGGAGUAUUCGACACUUUACUAAUAACAAAGGGUACCAAUAUGACAUUGGAUUCAACCGGUUUCCUUACUGGUCUGGGUAUCUGGUCACUCUUGACUUUAUGUGUUGAAGGAAAUUUAACGGUACUUUAUAAUCCAGAUGAAUUUUCUUUCGUACCUGUUCAUAGGUUAGUUAUACUACCAGGUGGAACUAUAACAUCCCAUGCAAAUUCAUUUCUAUUCUGGGAUACUUACCAAGUUGAUGAGAAUUUUCAAGAAGAAUUAAACAAAAGAGUAAAGAUUGAUCCUUUUAAUUUUUUCCCUGGUCUACUAGUCUUGGGAGGAAAUUUAAAUUUAUUUGGUAAUAGUCAAUUGACUUAUACUGCUAAACGAUUGAACGAUACUACAUUGGAACUAUCAACUCCAUUUUUAAAUAUGAAAUUUCUAUGGAAUAAAUAUAUAAUUACAAUCUUUACAGAAUCAAUACCACAAGGUGAUGAUUGUCUUUUUAAUAUGGAUUCAGAUAAAAGAACUUUUUACUUAAUUAAAACCAACUAUGGUACUUGCAAUCCAUUACGGGAAACAGAUAAACUCAUGAAAGUAGUAAUCUCAUACAACCGAUAUGAGGAUAAUUACUCAAGCUAUAUAUCUCUUUUUUCAGAUUAUUAUGGUUUCGAACCAAAUGAAGCUUCUAUUUUUAUAACAGGUGAUUCAAAUGUCUAUAUUGAAAAUUAUCUUAUUAAAAAUUUAGGCAAAACAAAAAAUAAUGCAUACAGUGAUACAAAAUUAAUAUUUUCACCAAAUAAUACAAGUGAAGUUAUAGGGUUUAUAAAUGGUACCAAUCAAAGAUUUAGAAGUUCUUUAUAUAUAGAGUUUUCAAAUAAUGUUAUCAUUAAAAAUUGUGUAAUUAUAGAAUCUUCUUCAGAAACAAGAUCACCGUUAGUAUUUUUUGGUUCAAACGUAUAUUUAUCAGAUAAUUUAAUUUCAAGUAAAUCUGGUUCAAGUUUAAUAGCACAAUAUGGAACUGAAAAUAUUCAAUCUAUAAAUAAUUUUUAUUUUCAAAAAGGUGUUUCACAUCAAACUGCCUCUCAAAUAUUAAAUCCAAUUAAUAUGGAUUUUGGAAAUGAAGGAAAUGGCAUUUAUUCAGUAUCACCAAAUCUUUUAUCAAGUGAUGAUUUUUUUAUUGGUCAAAAUUAUUCAAUUACUUUUAACUUUAUUGCCAAUAGGUCAAAAAUUACUGGUUUUGAUCAAGAUUGUUAUGCACCAUGUUUUAGUGAUUCAAUCAAUUUUUCAAAUAAAAUUCAGUAUCCUGUAGAUUUUAAAAUUUUUAAUCCAAAGUUUUUACCAACAAAUAAUACCAAUAGCGAUUGGUAUAUUUUAAAUAUAAAUGAUAAUGGAAAUCAACCAGGUACCUAUUAUACAGUAAAAAAUUUAACAACUUUAGAUCCCGUACAGUUUUCAUUGGAUAAUAGCGCUUUAUCCUUUUUAGGUCUAGAAGCAAGUGAAAAUUUUAAAAUGAAUGGUAAUGCCAAAAGAUUGGAUAUUGUUAAUUCAAUUAUCAGUUCAAAAGCUUUAACCAACCAACAACAAAUAAUUUCAAAAGUUUCAUCAUCAGCUAUUAGCUUUAAAAAUUCUUAUAUAUACAGUAAAUUAGGUCAACAAAUUACACCUAUAGAUAAUCAGAUUUAUGGAUCAUUAAUUACACCAUUUUAUUAUAAUGAUUCAGAUAUUUUAAAUCAAGUUAAAAUUUUAUCAAUUUUUCCCAAUGUCCCUUUUCAAAUUGUAUCAGGUUCUAUAUUAAAUGUUAGCAUAAACCUUCAAAUUAUUUCAACGGCUGAUAUUUCAUGCACUUUCUCUUCAGAUAAUUCUACUUUUAGUACAACAAUUUUGGUUAACCCAUCAGACGGAAGUUGUGUUUUACCACUUGUUUUUGAAAAAGAAGGUUAUUUUAAUUUAAAAGUCACAUUAAAGAUUUCAACAUCAAAGGAUUAUUAUUAUAUAGUUGAUUUUCCAAAGAUUACAGUAUAUAAUGAAUAUUUAUUUUAUUCAGGAUGGGUAAUGAUUGAUUCAAGCACAGAUGAAUUUCUAUUUGAAGGUAAAAUAUUUAAAUCAGGUUGCCAACAACAGGUAUUAGGUAAUUGUACAAUAUCAACAAAUUCAAAGUUUAUAAAUGGCUUGCCAAAUGUAACAGAAACAGAUGAACUUAAUAGAUUAUUUUCAAGUGGUAUAACAUCAAUCAAUCCAUAUGAACCUGUGACAAUUACAAUACCAAUUGAUAAAGAAUCAAAAAAGAAUCAAAUCCAAUUAUUUUUUACUCACCAACCAAUUGAUAUAGAAUAUAGUCUAUUAUCAAUAUAUGUAGAAAAUCAACCAAUAUUCCUUUUAGAACAAUUACAAAGUGGUUUAGGUUCAACAUUUAAAAAUUUAACAUUUAAUUAUGAAAAUUCAAAAUCACUAGAAAUAAUCAACAUUUCUUUCACAACAAGAGGUGAUAUCUAUUUAACUUCAAUGGCGGUUUAUUCAUCAGCCAUCCCAAUAAUCGUUACACCAACACCAACAUCAACAACAUCAACACCAACACCAACAUCAACAACAACAUCAACACCAAUUCCGACAACAACACCUACAACAACACCAAAAACAUCAAAAACAACCUCCAAAAACAAAUUAAAAAUUGCUUUACCAAUUUGCCUUUUUGCUCUUUUGGUUGCUGUUGGAGUUUUAAUAUGUUUUAUUUUCAGAAAAAAAAAACAAAAGAAACAAAAAUUAGAUAAUAAUAUGGAGGAUGGAAGUGAGAUGUCUUCAAUUAAAAUUAAAAAAGAAAAUUAUAAUUCUUUUAACAAGUUUAAAGAGUCAACAGUAUUUAAAAACGAUGAUUUUAAAAAUUAUUCCAAUCCAACCGAAACAACAAUUUAUAGCACUUCCGAUUCACUUUUAAACUUUGUUGGCUCUGACUUUUUAAAUUACUCUGACCCAAACAUCCCCUUAUCCUUUAGUAAAAAUAUUUUAGAAUUUGGAUUAAAAGGUUCAAAAUGCGAUAUCAAUACCUUCCUUUCCGAUUCUUUACGAAUAACAAAUAACUCUAAUAUUAUAUUAUGUAUUUGUACAGUUCUUCCAAGAAAUGACUCUGGUGAAGUAAAUGUUAGUCCAGAUUCUUUUGAAUUAGAUCCAAAUCAAUCAAGAGAGAUAGAAUUUUCUUUAAAGUUAAAUUGCACAACAAGAUUUUUUGAAAGAUUUGCUAUUGAGGCUAGACAUACUCACAGUUUCAAGUCAAUUCACACUCACCUUUUCAUUCAUGUUGAAUCUAAGAUUUCCUCUAAAUUGGAUAUAAAAGAGAUUGAAGUUAAAGAAUUGAUUUCACAAAAUAAUUUAUCAACUGUUAAUAUAGCAAAUUAUAGAGGUUUACAAGUUGUUUUGAGAAAGAUUAAAACUCAUAGCGCAAAUUACACCAAAACUUACUCUCAAGCAAUCAAAAAAUUCUACACAGAAAUGGAUAUACUCUCAAAGUUAAAAAACAAAAAUAUUGUUUCAUUUAUUGGUUGCACUCACGACUCUUCUCACCUUUGGAUUGUUACUGAAUAUGCACCAUUGGGAUCUCUUAGUUCUCUUAUCCAUCAAAAGAAAGAAAAACUUUCAUUAAUUCAAAAAGUCAAGUUAAUGUUAGAUACAGCAAAGGGGUGUGAAUUUCUACACUCAAAUGAUAUUACGAAUUGUAAUAUAAAAUCAAAUAAUUUAUUACUCUUUUCAACAAUGGAAAAAGAUGAUGUUUGUGUAAAAAUUUCAGAUUUUGGUAUAAAAAAAUUUGAAGUACAAAACCAAAAUGAAAAAGAAAUUUUUAAAGAUGAAAAAGAUCAAAAGCUAAUUGAUGUUUAUGAAUUUGGAAUUACAUUCUAUGAAACAAUGCUUGAAGAAACUCCAGAAAACCUAUCUAAUUUAAUAUUGGAAGGUGAGAGACCAACUCUUGAUUUGGAAAAAUUAGAUGCAGACAUUAGAAACAUAAUUGAAAGAUGCUGGAACCAAAACAAAAGGUCAACAUUUUCAGAGAUUAGUAUUUCACUAAAAGAAAAAUAUACAAAAUUGUUGGAGAAAAAUAAUGAAUUAAUACAAGAGAAUUAA